GAUAAGGUAACUUUCUAAACUUUGUUUACGAUUUCGCAAAUUUCAGGAUUUUGCUUUAAAAGGACUUGAAUUGAGGGACAAUCUACAAACAGUUUUGUGAGAUAUACCAUAAUCAAAAUGGGGUCAGGAUCUUCCAAAAAGGCCUCCCCAACUAUAUUAAGGGGAUAUCGUACUGAGCUAGAGCAUAAGGAAAUACCAUUCCGGGAAAAUAAGCAAGAUGAUGUGACCAACCUGGAGAUGCAGGAUACAUCAGAUGAAGAUACUGUACUUGUUAGUGUGAAACAGGACAACAAACAACAAACAGAUAAUAAAGAAUUUGUGACAACAGUAGAUGGUUCUACAAGAGCAACUUGGCCCAUUCGUUGCCUUACAAAGUUGGAUUAUAAUGUCAACGCUUACCAUGGGGGAUGUGCUGGCCUGCUAUUAAUAUCAACUCAGUUUGGUGGAAAGGGAGAAGAAACCAAUGUUGAGGCAUUUCUGGUGUCCGGUGGAUUCGAUUGUAAUCAUUUUAAGCACAAGUCGAUUUUUCGUGCACACGAGGGUCAUUUUUCUGCAGAAAAUUACUUGAUAACAGAUGAGAGUGGUAUGCUUAAUGUGGAUUGCAAUUUUGGUAUAAAUCAUCUUCGCCUUUUGACGAAUGAUUGUCGCUAUGGUAACUUGAGAAACGGAACAUUUAUACAGGGCAGUGAUGAUGGGGGUUCAACAGUAUUACCAUUAAAUGUAAAUGGGAGCGGAUUGACAAUGAUUCUUUGUAGCGGAGAUGAUGGCCAAGCAGCGGUAUACAUGGUAAAAUCUGGAUUUAAAGACAAUAAAUUUUUGGCAAAGUUGUUUGCUGGGGAUGAUAAGUUCAAAUUUAGCCUUGACAGUGAAAAUAUUGCUGUUACUGGACCAAAAGGCAGUAGAUAUGGACUGUUCCACAAUAAAAACAACCUCACAGAGACAGCGGACGAAUCACAUGUUUUUGUCUCACAAAACCAGACAGCUGAUGGAAAAUCACCAACAGUUCUCAUGGAAAAAGUUCAAGGUCAUGCUAUUUUGGUUGUGCUAUGUUCUAAUAGCAAUGGUGUUGAAGAUUCCACUGUCUCAUGUAUGUACAUUGUUACACUUACAGAUGGAAAGGUGACAUCUGCAAAAGAACUUGCUGGAGUUUAUGGGAAAAGUUACAAACAGUCUGAUUUAUGGACAUUUGAGCUCAAAAAAGGUCAGCUGGAGGUCACAGGUCCAGAUGGGCCAUGUAAAUAUGGCCUAAUGUCCAAUAUCCAUGCUGCUAAAAAGGAAUUAUUGUCAUCAAUAAAACAAGAUUCAUGUUUAGCAACAGGGGAAACAACUCCGACUAAAGGGAGUGUCAAGGUCAGUAAAACUGGGGUCAUCGGAGAGGUCAAUAAGUUUUCUGAUAUACAUAUCAUGUGGAACCACAAAGUGAUUAUGGUUAUACCAGGAAAACAACUAAAGAAGGAAGAUGGUGUUUAUAAAUUUAAACAUGAUUGGUCGAAAGAUGAAACUGUUGCUGGACUUCACAUGGUCAGAGUUUUUGCUGCAAGGAAGCACUUAAAAACUGAUGAAGAAGUAUUUAUUGAACUAACUGGUUCCCCACACCAGUUAACCUUUCAGAGGCCAGGGGUGGUGUAUGCCCUGAAUUGUGGUUCUCAGGCAUAUCAAGCAAUGAAUGACAUUGUUUACAGCAGUGAAUUCUCACAGUAUGCCAAUUAUGACUUUGACUUUAAUCAAGGAUAUCAAUUUAAGAGUUUUGGAUGUGUCAAAACAAAUGCUGAUAUACCAAAUUCUGUGUUGAAAACAUUAGACGGUUUCUUGUAUGUCAUAAGUAGAAAUGGACACGGCUUUGGAGAUGCGGGUCAGAAAGUUUACUACAAGAUAACAGACAUUCCAAAUGGAUCCUACAUAUUCCGUCUGCACACAAACAAUACUUGUGAAAACAUGGUGUGUAAUGGGAAAGAAGUUAGUCAUUUAAUAACACAGCACAUCACAAAACAUAAAGAUUCACUUGAUAUCGCACAGUUUGUUGGUCAUACAAUAGAUAUAGAUGUUGAGGUUAAAGACGGCACUUUCCAGUUUGUGACAAAGGCUUUGGAUCAGACAUUUAGACAUUCAGAAAAAAUCGGUGCCUUUGCCUUACUGGAUAAGAAAACAUACAAAGAGAAAAGCCUUUCUGAGAUUCAGAAGAAAGAAGAACUCCAAGACAAACAGAAGCUUGCAGAUACUGUUUUGCCAAUAAGCAUUGUGGUGACCAGGAAAGAACUGACCAUUGUUGGCUGGUCCCCAAAUCUCCUGGUGAAUGCAAGUGCUGAGUCUGGUGACAUGAAGCAUUGGAAUACCACGGGGGAUUUUAAGAUAGGUGCCGGUGGAUACAAUACAGAAAAGACCAUGGAAACUUCCCACAGUUGGUGUGAAAAAUAUCAGGAAAUAAACUUGCUGGAUCAUUUCUCUGCUGAUUAUCUGGAUACAGCUCCUGAUAUACAGGUGUUGGAAUGGUAUCACCAAGGAGGUUGUGGAGGAGGCUUCUAUGAAAUGAAAGUAGAUCUUCUUAGUGAGGAUGGACAGGUGAUUAAAAGUUAUAGCACUGGACAGAUUGGGUCUGUUUAUAAUGAUAAAUGGUUGGAGGCAUCUAAUGUUUUCUCAAACUAUGGACCAGGCGUUAGAAUUGUUGGAUUCUCAUCAAAAGGAAAAGAUGACAAAUUUUGGGCGGGACAUUUUGGUAUCAGAAUGUCGGGUGCGGAAGUUCGUGUCAAACGUGAAACCAAACCAGCCGCUGAUGAUGCCUAUAGUGAUAUAGAUUUUAAGGGCAUGGAUUCAGAAAAGAAGAGUGCACUGGACAAGCUGGUCAGCCAAAUACUCUCAGACAAUCAGGAAAUUCUGAAAGACUUUGUAGAGAAAGAUAGUAUUCCGGUUGAUAAGCAAUUUGAGAAACAGACCGAAAUUGUUCAAAAUCAAGCUUUACCGAGACUCACCAAAAAACAAAACAAACGAAAGAAGAGAGAAAUUCGAGUAUUUGUAUCAAGUACAUUCAGGGACUUUACCAAUGAGAGAGAAGAAAUUAUAAAGAAAGCUUUCAGAGAAAUCAACAGACUUUGUUCAGAUAGGGGUGUGUUUUUCACGUAUGUAGAUUUACGAUGGGGAAUAACAUCUGAGCAGACGAGUGAUGGUAAAACAAUAGCAAUCUGUUUACAAGAGAUUGACAGAUGCCGUCCAUAUUUCAUUUGUUUGAUGGGUGAUCGAUUUGGUUGGUCUCAGACAGAAAACAAGAAGGAUGACGUGUUGGAUAUGACGUACAACUAUGCCGUUGAAAAUCACCCAAAUCUGACGUGGAUCGAGAAAUAUCGAUUUGAUACCAGCGUUACUACGUUAGAGGUAUUCCAUGGUGCACUAAAUAACCCGUCUGCUGUGAAAGACAAAUGUUUUUUCUACAUGAGAGAUCCAGUGAAAAAGGAGGAUGUUACAGAGGACCAAUAUAAGAGGAUGACCUCAGAAUCGGACUGGCAUCACCAAAGACAAGAAUGGCUGAAAUCUGAAGUGUUGAAACAUGAAGGACUGAAGGUCACCAAGUUCAAAACAGCAUCAGAAGUAGCAGACUUAAUUAAAAAAGAUCUUGAGAAAUGUGUGAAUGACGAUUUCCCAUUAGGUACGGAAUUGACAAAACUUGAGCAACAGAAAGAGGCACACAGUGCAUUUGCUGAGCUGAGAUGUCGUGUGUAUAUCGGGAGAGAAGACUACUUUAAGACGGUUGAUGAAAAUAGGAGCAAGAAAAUAAAUCAGCCUUUUGUUCUCCUAGGAGAAUCAGGAUCUGGGAAGUCAGCAUUUGUAGCAAACUGGGUAAAACGUGUUGAAGACUUGGAACCAGAUACAUUCAUGUUUGUACACUUUGUCGGAAGUUCGGCCGACAGCGCUGAUUAUAUCAAACUUAUCAGACGGCCCCCGGGAAAGACUUGUGUGGAAUACCCUUCUGAGCUGCCACCAAAAAUAUACCUGGAAGGGGAAUCUCUUAUGGCAAGAUUUGACCGCAGGAACCAGAAGGACAUGAUUGUAAAUGCAAAACAGACGUCAAAUGCUCUUUACCUAAAGUCGCUUCUUGAUGAGGUUCGUAUGUAUGGAUCAUUCCGCACACUGACAGAUAAGAUUAGAGAGUAUCUGACAGCAGACAGUCCCAAUCAUCUGUUUGCCAAGAUCCUUGAGAGGCUUGAACAAGACUUUGAAAAGGGAAGUAACUCUAGUGUUAUGACUAUGUUAUAUUUCAUUGCACCGAGUUCACCUGUUGUGGUAAGACCUGACCUUGUACGAGAUGCUACUACUGCCUUCUGGUGUUCUAAUAGAGGCAUGUCCGAGGCAGAGUUAACAGACUUCCUCAAUGUGACAAGUUCCGUCUGGUCUCCAUUCUAUCUAUCACUGUAUGAGAACUUAGUGAACCGUGACGGUAUACUGAAUUUCUUCCAUGACCACUUGAGGCAGGCUGUUGAGAAGAAAUAUCUUAGUACCAAAGAGGAAAAGAAAAAAUGCUAUGUCAAACUUGCAGACUUCUUUGAGAAAAUGGAACUUAAUAACAGAAAGGUUGAAGAGUUACCUUUCUUGUUAAUGAGAGCAGGAGAGUUAGAGAGAUUGAAGGCUACAGUCAGUGACCUGGAAAUAUUUUUCAAAAUGUCCAACAGUCAGGAAGGCUUAUUUGAAUUGGUCAAAGCUUGGAAAACUUUGGGUGACUUCAGUCUGGCAGAAGAGGCAUACAUGCAGAAGCUGGGCACAAUAAGCCAAAAGGAAAUCCGUCAGAAUUCCGCACAUUACUGUGAACUUUACAGUAAGCUCGGACAUUUUUUUCAAAAUCUGAGUCUGAUGGAAGCUGCAAAAAACAUCUAUCUGACACUGAUCAAGCAGCUUGAAAUGAAUUAUGGGAUAUCUCAUGGUGACAUCAUAUACAGUGCACAUAAUCAGAGCUGGACAUACAGGUGCAAACAUCCUACUGUUAUUAAGAGUUUACAAGAGCUUGGGGCUGUAUAUUACAAGAUGGGAGAGUAUGGGAAGGCAGCUGAAAUAUACACUGAUGCUAUAAAUAGACAGACCAAAUUAAAUACACCUUCUGAAAAAAUACAGGUAUGUGAAGGUCUAUUAGGUCUGGCAUCAGUUUAUAUAGAACAGGAUAAGAUGGAUGGGGCGAAGAAACUGAUGACACGAGCCCUACAGUUGGCUACUGAUAUACUAGGGAGAACCCAUCACUUUGUGGCAGCUAUCUUUGCUAAGCUUGGACAACUUUCGUACAAACAAAGUCGUCUGGAAGAGGCUCUAGCAUUUUACCUGCAAGAUCUGAAAGUGACGAGGAGCGAGGUUGGUACCAAUCACCCUCAUACGGCAACGUUAUUGAACGAGAUCGCCCUCGUGUAUGAUGACAUGAACGAUGUAAUUGCCGGGAGACUAUACGAGGCAGCUUUAACCGUUAUACUCGAUACUUACGGAAGGAAAUAUGUCGGCACUGCUAUCAUUAGAAUUAAUCAUAGUCUAAAAUCUGUUCAAACUGGAAGCCAUGGUUCUAUACUUGUAGCAUUUGCCAGCCAGAGAGAAUUAAAGAAUUUGAGAAAUUAA